AUGUUACGCCAGAUCAUUGGUCAGACCAAGGAGCAUCCAAGCUUGAGCCCCUUCUUCUUAUUUAUUGGGGCAGGAGGUACUGGAGCAGCAAUGUAUGUCUUGCACUUGGCAUUGUUCAAUCCAGAUAUCAGUUGGGAUAGGAAGAAUGAUCCAGAAUUCUGGAACAAACUGGGUCCUAAUGAUCAAUACAAAUUCUAUUUGGUGAAUGUAGAUUACAGCAAACUUAAGAAAGGAGGUCCAGACUUCUAA